GCCUUCUGGCAGCCGACAACCACGUUUCUUCGCGUUGCGGCAAUCGCCGUUAAAACCCAAUCCAGCACAUCCCUAACAUGGCGGAAGAUCAACAGCAGUUUCUGCAUUUAUUGAGUACAUUAUUAAGUACGGAUAAUACCGUCCGUAGUAACGCUGAGACUACACUUGAUGGAAUUCCUGUGGAAACUAGAGCAACUUACCUUUUGGCUUCCAUGAGGAACACCACUGUGGGUGAAGAUGUACGUCAAAUGGCAGCUGUCUUGUUGAGAAGAGUUAUCUCUAAUGAAUUUGAAGAUUUCUAUAACAAGCUUACACCUGAAAACCAAGUUCAUUUGAAAAAUGAACUACUGGCAAUCAUUCAUACAGAAACCCAAGCAGGAAUGAGACGAAAAAUAUGUGAAGUUGUCUCUGAACUGGCCAGACAACUACUGGAUGAGGAAGGCAAUAAUCUGUGGCCAGAGUUUCUCCGCUUCCUAUUUGAGUCUGCCAGCAAUGGCACUCCUGAGCUCAAGGAGAGUGCCUUGCAAAUGUUUGGAUCUGUACCUGGUAUAUUUGGGAACCAACAGUCUCAAUACCUAAAUGUCAUCAAACAGAUGCUACAGCAAUGCAUGGCUGACUGGGCAAAUUAUGCAGUCCGCUAUCAGGCUGUGAAAUCAUUGUCAUCAUUCAUUCUCUUGCAUGAUGAUGAUGUUGCCAUCCAAAAACAUUUUCAGGAUUUGACAGCAGGAAUGAUACAAAUUGUCGCAGAAAGUAUUCAGAAACAAGAUGACGAUACGUUACUGAAGUGCGUGGUGGAUUUAGCUGAGAACACACCUAAAUUCCUUCGACUUCAGAUCGAACCCCUGCUGCAAAUGUGUACGCAAGCAGUGGCAAAUGAAGAACUAUUGGAUUCUUGGCGCCAGCUGGCCUUGGAAGUCAUCGUUACAUUAGCAGAGACAGCACCUGCAUCGGUCCGCAAAAACGGAGCGACGCUGAUCCCAUUAGUGAUAUCAACUGCCCUGAAAAUGAUGACAGAUUUGGAAGACGACGAAGAGUGGAGCACAAGCGACGAUUUAACAGAAGAAGACAACGAUAGCAAUUCGGUAGUUGCGGAAGCAGCUCUCGAUCGCCUAGCCUGCGGUAUCGGUGGAAAGUCCGUUCUGCCCCUCAUCAUCCAAAGUUUACCUACCAUGCUCGCAAAUCCCGACUGGAGAUACAGGCACGCUGCUCUGAUGGCCGUUUCUGCCGUGGGCGAAGGAUGCCAUAAGGAAAUGGAACCUCUUCUCACGCAAAUCAUGGAUGGAAUUCUCAAUUUUCUUCGAGAUCCUCACCCUCGCGUCCGCUACGCCACAUGCAAUGCAAUUGGCCAGAUGUCAACGGACUUUGCCACAAUCUUUGAAAAGAAAUUUCACGACAAAGUCAUUCCAGGGCUGUUGAUGGUAAUGGACGACAACGAAAACCCUCGCGUUCAAGCCCACGCAGGUGCCGCUUUAGUCAAUUUUAGCGAAGAUUGUCCGAAAGCAAUCUUGGCCCCAUACUUGGACUCUAUUAUGGCCAAACUUGAAGCUAUUCUGAGCGCUAAAUUCAAUGAAUUGGUAGAACGAGGUACGAAGUUGGUUCUCGAGCAAGUCGUAACCACGAUUGCUUCCGUUGCCGAUACUUCAGAGGAAAAAUUUUUGGUCUAUUAUGAUCGAUUCAUGCCCUGUCUGAAGUACAUCAUUCAGAAUGCAACAACCUCAGAACUCCGCCUUCUUCGUGGAAAAACCAUCGAGUGUGUUAGCUUGAUAGGCUUAGCCGUGGGUGCCGAGAAGUUUACCCGGGACGCUAGCGAAGUCAUGGACAUGCUCCUGAAAACUCAAACAGAGGGGGGAGAAAUGGCCGAUGAUGAUCCUCAAUUAUCCUACAUGAUUUCGGCUUGGGCUCGUAUAUGCAAAAUUCUUGGAAAGCAAUUCCAGCCUUACCUUCCACUUGUCAUGGGUCCAGUUCUGAAGGCCGCUAGCAUGAAACCGGAGGUUGCUCUGCUAGACGCGGAUGAUCUCAAAUCUGUCGAAGGCGACGACGAUUGGCAGUUCGUGUCACUGAACGAUCAACAGAACUUCGGAAUCAAAACCGCUGGUCUGGAAGAAAAGGCCACCGCUUGCCAGAUGCUUGUCUGCUACGCUCGAGAGCUGAAGGACGCCUUUUCGGACUACACCGAAGAAGUUGUUAAACUAAUGGUUCCUCUCCUAAAGUUCUAUUUCCACGAUGGCGUUCGUACGGCAGCCGUUGAAGCUCUUCCGUACUUACUGGAAUGUGCCCGAGUAAAAGGCCCGCAGUAUGUGCAGGAUAUGUGGGUGUUUAUGUGUGGCGAUAUUCUGAAAGCCAUGGAUACGGAGCCUGAAAAAGACGUGCUGGCAGAGCAACUGGCUGCGUUGGCGAAAUGUAUUGAAACUCUGGGAAGUGGUUGCCUAAACGACGAAAUGAUGACUGAGUUAGUUAAAAUCCUCGAUCGUUUGAUGAAAGAUCACUUUACGCGUUCGACGGAACGACAGGAAAAGCGAAAAGAUGAAGAUUACGACGAAGUGGUUGAGGAACAACUAGUCGAUGAAGACGACGAAGAUACCUACAUCCUUAGUAAAGUCACCGAAGUCAUUCAUGCUUUGAUGGCAGCCUACAGAUCUGCUUUCCUACCUGUCCUCGACAAUUUGAUCCCGCAUGUUGUCAGACUGCUAGGUCCCGACCGCCCUUGGCCAGACCACCAAUGGGGCAUUUGCGUUUUUGAUGACGUCAUCGAGUUUGCCGGAGCGGACAGCGUCAAAUACCAGGAAAUAUUUUUGAGACCACUACUCGAGUUCCUUAAAGAUAAAAGUCCCGAGGUAAGACAGGCUGCAGCUUACGGUUGGGGUGCUUUAGGUAUGCACGGCACGGCUGUAUUCGCUGCUGCAUGUGCGCAAGCUGUUCCUACGUUUAUUGAAAUGAUAGCUGCACCAGAUUCUCGUAGUGUGGAGAACAUUAAUCCAACCGAGAACGCCAUUUCAGCUGUUACCAAAAUCUUGAAAUUCAACAAUAGUGCUCUACACGUUGAUGAAAUUAUUUCCCACUGGAUAAACUGGCUACCUACAUGGGAAGAUGAGGAUGAAGCACCACAUAUAUAUAGCUAUCUUUGUGAUUUAGUUGAGGCGAAUCAUCCCGUUGUUUUGGGUCCUAAUCACGCCAACCUGCCGCGCAUCAUUUCUAUUAUAGCUGAAGCAUUUAACAAAGAAGUGUUGGAUGUCGAAUCUGAAGUGUUCCGGCGAAUGGUGAAUAUUGUUCGUCAAGUUCAAGGUAAUCAGGAAGUGUUUACAGCCUGCUUGAGUCAGAUGAAUGCUGAGCAGCAAGCGGCAUUGCAGGAGGCAUUGACAUGAGUAUAUAACUGUGUGAUCAGUAAUUGAUAAUUAAAUUCUGUUGGCUUAUUCAAUAUCCCAAAACCUUUUUUUUCUUUUGCAUACAGUUGGCUCUUUGUUUGUCUUGAAUUAUGCUCAUUUUUUUAAGCCAAUUUUUCCAUCUUUAAUUUGGCUAUAACAAAUUUGCUAUUUCCAUUUUGAACUAGCCAAGCACAUUUACCCAAUUGUGGGAAUCUGAACUAAAACUUGUUGGAAAAAUAUACAUCUGACUAUACAACUAUAAA